AUUGAUGUGGAUGAGUUGAUUGACUGAUGGCAGUGAAGUAGCGAAAGUGUCAACCCGAGAGAGUGCUUGUUCGUUUGUUUGAUUGCAGCCCCUCCUUUCUGGAAUUUGAAGUCUGAAAAGAUCGUCCCGUCCCGCCCGAGCUACAAGGCUGCAGCGACUUGACAUUAACAGCCUGGAGCUUUGUCAAUUCCACACUGCAGCUUCCACUUCCGUUCCCGUUGGUGACGCGCAAGCUCCCUCUACGAAACGAACCCCUCCACCAACCACGUGGAACCUUUGGAACAUUCCAUCGUCCCUUGGCUACCUAGGGGUACUUGUUCAUUACACCUGUACACCUACCGACUACCCGAGAUCCAGACACAUUGAUCAUCGCCGUCGCCGAUUCCACCGAACCCGUCCGCCCCUAGAGGCACCUUCAACAAACCCGCCGACGAUCCAAGAUGGCCGGGAAAUCGAGAUUCACCAAGCUCGACGCUUUUACAAAAACAGUCGAAGAUGCGAGGAUCAGGACGACAUCCGGAGGCAUCGUUACCAUCGUCUCGCUGCUCGUCGUCUUGUUCCUCUCGUGGGGAGAAUGGAGAGACUACAGGAAGGUGGUAAUACACCCCGAGUUGGUGGUUGAUAAGGGACGAGGCGAACGAAUGGAAAUCCACCUCAACAUCACCUUCCCCAAGGUACCCUGCGAACUCUUGACCCUCGACGUAAUGGACGUAUCCGGCGAGCAACAACACGGCGUCCAGCACGGCGUCAAGAAGAUUAGACUUAGGCCCCAAAGCGAAGGAGGAGGAGAGAUUGACGCCAAGGUUCUUUCUCUCCACGCCGCCGACGAAUCCGCCACCCACCUCGACCCCUCCUACUGCGGUCCCUGCUACGGCGCUCCGGCCCCCUACAACGCCAAAAAGCCCGGCUGCUGCUCCACCUGCGAAGAAGUGCGCGAAGCCUACGCCCAAGCGUCCUGGGCCUUCGGCGACGGCUCCACCAUGGAGCAAUGCCAACGGGAGCACUACACGGAGCGGCUCGCCGAGCAACGUCACGAAGGAUGUCGCAUCGAAGGUGGCCUGCGCGUCAACAAGGUGAUCGGCAACUUCCACAUUGCGCCCGGCCGUAGUUUCAGCAACGGGAACAUGCACGUCCACGACCUGGCGCAGUGGUGGAGCACGCCCGUCCCCGGCGGCCACUCAUUCAGCCAUAUCAUCCACUCGCUGCGGUUCGGUCCCCAGCUGCCUGACGACCUAGUCCGCAAGCUGGGCGGCAACGGGAAGAACACACUCUGGACGAACCACCAUUUGAAUCCCCUGGACAACACCAAGCAGGAGACGGACGAUCCGAACUACAAUUUCAUGUACUUUGUCAAGAUCGUGCCGACUUCGUACCUGCCGCUGGGCUGGGAGAAGCAGGCGGCGCAGAACAGGGCGAAUUGGGAGCAGGAUCACAGUGUUGGCCUUGGCGCAUUCGGGUAUGGAAGCGAUGGAAGCAUGGAGACGCAUCAGUAUAGCGUUACGAGCCAUAAGCGCAGCUUGGCCGGGGGCGAUGAUGCGAAGGAGGGUCAUGGUGAGAGGUUGCAUAGUAGGGGGGGUAUUCCGGGGGUGUUUUUCUCAUACGACAUCUCCCCGAUGAAGGUCGUCAACCGCGAAGAGCGCGCCAAGUCCUUCCUGGGUUUCUUGGCUGGUCUUUGCGCGGUUGUGGGUGGUACCCUGACCGUGGCGGCGGCGGUGGAUAGGGGGUUGUUUGAGGGCACGGUGAGGUUGAAGAAGUUGAGGAGCAAGGAUAAUUAGACAGACGUCUGGUCAAUGGAGGUGAAAAAGAGGCAGGUAUAGAACCGAGAGGUUGUGUCUACAGACGGGGAGUUGCAAAUGUUUCUUUUUUGAGGUUUUACUACAGUUAUCUAAAUCUAGGCACAUACAGUCCAAGUCAACAACGAGCAAAAUUGAUUCACCAUGUUGAUUU